CUCUCGUGGCCUUCUCCCGUCUCAUCAGGUAGAGGCACUGAGUGGGUCACUCCCCUGCCUCGGGCUUCCAGGUGUCCCCAGCUUUGAGUUCCCAGAAGUUCUCAGUGCCACCUGCUGCGAUGUCAUCUUUAAAAGGAAGUCAGGCUCAGAAGCCAAGGUUGUCUGUGUUUUCCAAGGGACCACUGGAGAUUCCAUCUCCAACUGAGGCAGAUUGGCCUAAGGAUGAUGAAAAGGAUUUUGUCUUCAAGGACAUGGAUCAAGAACUGGAUUCCCUUCCUCAGCCUUACCGAAUGAUCAACAAGCUGGUGAACCGUCUCUUUGACCGGUCAUGGGAAAUUAUUGAAGAGAGAGACUCCUUAAGGGAAGUUGAGAGGAGCUGGAUCGUGCCUAUCAUCUACCCUCCAGCUGCAGAAAUCCGGCUCGACAAAAUGCCUGGUGGUAUGGCCGUUUCACAAGACUAUCUGUUUAUUGGAGGACCCAAAGGAUUCUCAAUCUAUAAUCUGCACAAUUGCAAAAAAAUAUAUGUUUUAGAGAAGUUGAAGGUUGAUGUUAUUUCCAUCUGGGCCACAGAUUUGGGGAAUGACGUACUAAUUGUUCCUGUGGAUGAAAUGGGUAUUGUUAGAUUGUUUUACUUGUGUAAAGACAGCCUUUAUCUCAUCAAAGCCAUCAAUGAAAUGGAUGAUACCAGCAAGCAAAGCACCUGUGUAAAGAUGGAAGUCUCUCAGAGCGGGGACUAUGCAGCUUUCCUCUUCCAAGGAGCUGGGGAUGUCUGGCUGGAAGUGUAUAAGUUGCCCAAGGAGAUUUGGCUAAAGGAAUCGGAGCACCCCCAACUGGCUCUAAGUCAAAAGAAAAAACCCAAACAGCUGCAACUGAACACUCCUGACUCUGCUGUUACAGAACACACAGAAACGAACUUGGGACCAAGUGUCAGCCCUAACUCAAUUCAGGACUUAAACAUUUCUUUUAGAAGUGACCUCAAGUUGAGUCCUCCAGUUUUUGUAAUGAAGAUUAAACCCCCUAAGCCUAUAGCAGGCACCACAUUUAAAAGCCCCCUGGAAGUCUUUGCAAAGGUAGAGGACUACUUCGGGAUAGGCUCUGGGCAGAAUCACUUCAUCAAGGAUGUGCAGUGGGAGCAGCACAUGGAGAUCUUCUAUACCUCCUACAAGAAGCACCUGGAAGGGGAGUGGGAAGAGGAGCCGCUCAGCAUGGCCACCUUCCAUUUCUUCUAUACUAACUCCUUAACAACCACACCAAUGGAUGUCAAGAGCUCUUCAGGAGUAGCCUGUGUCCUUGGCAUUCACUGGACUGGAAGUCACAAUUUCUUCCUCUAUUCACUGAACAAAACUCCGAAGGAUAAAACUGACUACGAGAACGUGUGGCCCUGUGCUGCGCCCAUUGUAAUGUCUCAGACCAGCAGCUUCUCCUCCUACCUGGCCCUUGUCUGUGACGAUGGUGUGCUCAUUCUGUGGGACCUGGCUCAAGGAUUCCUCUUUGGGGUCAUUGCUCUGCCUGAGGGAUGUUUCUGCCAAAGCAUUCACUUCCUACGGUUCUUCCUGGUGCACGAAGGACAGAACGUGUAUCCUGACUACCCAGUAAAGUUUGAAGUUAUGUGCGUGGUGUUGUGCACUAAUGCUUCUCUCCACCUGGUGACAGCCAGUGGGACCGAAGGACCCACCAGCAGGGUGCUUGUUGACAGGCCUGUGAUGCACUUGGAAGAAGCCAUUUAUGCCGUGGCCCCAGUCCCAGCCUUGCCUGGCAUGGUACUAAUCUUUUCCAGGAACCAUUCUGUAAGCCUCAUGGACGUGGCCAAGGCUGAGAUCAUCUGUGCCUUUUCGGCUCCUACAUGCCGCCAACAGGCGAUGCCCUGGAAGCCGCUGUUUGUUGUGUCUCCACACCAUCCAUGUUUUCUGCUUCAUGGAGUUCAUCCACAUGGUCAUACCACACCUACUACUGAUGAUCCCAAGAAUACCACAGAUUCUGUUUUCUACUUUAAUUUUGAGGAUUACCUGCUCCUGAAAGAUAUCUCCAAGAAGUGCACCAUUUCUCAAAAGUGCUUGGGAUAUAGCCAGGACUUCUCCCAGAUGUUGCCAGCGGAGAAAAGAUGUGAGCAGUUCCUCCAAAGGAGCUUCCAGAAGGUGGCAAAGAACCAGAUGAAAGGUCGUGACCAGUGGUCCAGGCUGCGGAAGUACUCCAUCUUGCUCCAGAAAGAAACCUUAAAGAGGUGAGAGCCCUGGGACUCCACAGCCCCUGCCCAGGACACUGCAAGUUAGAAAGACUACGGCGAAAAGCUACAACUCAAAGCCCAGGACUCCAUGGAGCCAGCAGGGCCAAGGUAUUAGAGGACCUUCAAAUACUGAGUGUCUCAUGGAGUUUAGAUGUGUCAUGUAAAUAAACAU